AUGGAGAAAAAUUUUUUCACAACCGGUACGGUUUCGUGGGAAAAGUUUGAUGGGGAGAAAACCUUGGAACUUCUGAUAGCCGCCGAUGAGCUUUGCUUGAACGAACUGUUGGAAUACGUUCAGGAUUAUUUUAUUACAAAAGGAAAUGAUUGGUUAUUGAAAAAUAUUAAUGAAUAUUGUCAUACUAUAUUUCAACAUGAUAAUUUUCACAAACUUCAAGAAAGCUGUAUAAAAUUGGUUUCAAAUGAUCCACAAAGAUUCGGUAAACGUGGAAAAUUUAUGGAAUGGCCAGAUAAAUUAGUUACCGGAAUAUUGAAGAGAGAUGAUCUUCAUCUUGAAGAGAUUGAUGUUUGGAUAUUAUUACUUAAAUGGGGCGUAUCUCAAAUUGAGUUAUCCUUUAAUAUUAAGGAAUGGGCUCUAGAAGAUUUUUCUAGAUUAGCUUUAAAAUUAAAGGAUUGUAUACAAUUCAUAAGGUUUUAUCAUAUCUCGGGAGCCGAUUUUUAUAAUCACGUGAGACCCUACAAAUCAUUACUUCCAAAAGAUUUGUAUGAAAAUCUUUUACGUUAUCACUUUAAGAUGGACAAACCACCCAUUUCAACAACUCUUGUACCGCCUCGUGGGAUAGCGCUCGAUUCCAAAUUAAUUGGAUCAAGACAUGCCGCUCUAAUCGCCAGCUGGAUAGAUCAUCAAAAAAAUUUUGAUCCGUUAACAUGCGAUGGUAAAGAUCCCGCCCAUUCGCAAGCAAUUUUAAGUCGUAUCAAAAAUUACAACUGUGCUAUAGAUGAUUCACCUUGCAUCGGACCCUGUUUCGGGAUUUCCGAUUUGGUCAUGGUAGAAUCUUCGAGACAUGCAAAUGGAAAAUUUAUUUAUGAUCUUCCUUGGAGUUGUAUUCAAAGAAGUUACGAAAAAUCCAUAACCACGACCACAAAUUUCACUAUUGAAGAUUACGAAGUAUUUAAAUUAAUAAAAAAAGACCUAAAUAAUGUUGAGAGUUAA